AUGGCUGAACAAACUGCCUCCGAGGCGGCCACGAAAGUCCCGGCGAACAGUGCAGAUGAGGUAGAUCUCACCAGCAUCCUAGAUCCGGGCCAACGCGCAGAUCUAACACUACUCAUUGCCAACAUCACCGAGUCAAUGCGCAAAGUGGUUGUCGAUAACUUCAGCUCCACGGCAGGACUGGACAAGACCCUUCUCCGGGAAGGCAUGACCGACGAGGAGAAGAUGAUGGCGGUGGACCCAGCAAAAGUCGAUGUCUCUGCCUACGACCGCGAACGGAAAAUGAAGGCGGAAAUCGACAAGGAUCUGGCAACGUUGAAGAUGAAGAACCUCAAGAAGAAUUCCCUAAAGGCCUAUGACGAAUGGCGCGAGCAAGUCAUCGAGCGGGUGGGUCAAGUCGUCAAUAGUAAAAGCACUGCUCAAGAACAAGUCCGGAAGGGUGCCAAUGCUUCCUUGUCGAAGCCUCAAGCGCCAAUAAGCACUGCCAAAGUCAUGGAGGCUGGGUCCAGGGUUGUCAACCUGAAAUUUAAAGACCUGUUCCCACCCACAAGGACUCCCUUGACGAAACUGCCCAUGGACAAGCGAACGCUGGUCCUUCAUUCUCUGCUGUUGCUGCUUCUGUCCUUGGAGCACUACAAUGCCUAUUCUCGCAUUUUGCUGCUCAACUUGACGUCCUCGCUGAAGCUGCCGCUGAAGACCUUUGAGCAGGACGAGUACGCAACUGCCAAAGGUCUGCUUGAAGCGGCUAAAGAGCUGACCGCCGACGAGGAGAAGAUGAAGAAGAUCAAGGAGAAUGAAGAGACUCGAAAGUGGAGAGUUCGCUAUGCAACAGCGGCCGGAGCUGCGAUCCUCGGUGUCACUGGUGGCAUGGCAGCCCCGCUUGUCGCUGCAGGUGUUGGCUCUGUCAUGGGCGGACUCGGACUUGGUGCUACAUCUGCGGCGGCAUAUCUGGGCACUGUGGCAGGAAGCUCUGUCCUGGUUGGUGGAUUGUUUGGUGCAUAUGGUGGACGGAUGACGGGCCAAAUGAUGGACUCGUAUGCGCGUCAAGUCGAAGACUUCCAGUUCCUGCCCGUCCAUGGCAGCAGUGACAAGAAGACUAGCGAAGACGAGGCCCAAGGUGCACAAGAGGCGAGCGAACAUGACCACAAACUUCGCGUCACCCUUGGCAUCUCGGGUUGGUUGACCGAGAAAGAGGAGGUGGUCAAGCCGUGGCGCUCCCUUGGUACAGGCGCCGAAGUGUUUGCACUGAAGUACGAACUGGAGGCCUUACUGAACUUGGGAAACGCAAUGAACGGCAUGGUCCAGUCGGCGGCCUGGGGAUAUGCGCAGAAAGAAAUCAUAUCACGGACCAUCUUCGCAGAACUUGCUGCGGCGAUGUGGCCGAUGGCUUUGAUGAAGGUCGCAAGAGUCAUUGACAAUCCCUUCAGUGUUGCGAAAAGUCGUGCCGACAAGGCCGGUGAGGUCCUGGCCGAUGCCUUGGUCAACCGCGCCCAAGGUGAGCGGCCGGUCACCCUCAUCGGAUACUCGCUUGGGGCUCGCGUCAUCUACACGUGUCUCAUGAGCCUGGCGAAGAGAAAAGAGUUUGGAAUCAUUGAAAAUGCAGUCAUGAUUGGCUCGCCAACUCCCAGCGACACCAGCGACUGGAGAGUCCUCCGCAGUGUCGUCGCUGGACGACUCGUCAAUGUCUUUUCGGUCAACGACUACGUGCUUGGGUUCAUGUACCGCACGUCAGCCAUCCAGUAUGGCGUGGCCGGACUACAAAAGGUUGAGGGCCUGAGUUCGGUCGAAAACUUCGAUGUCUCGGAGGAUGUCAGCAGCCACCAGCGCUAUCGCUACCUGAUCGGCGCCAUUCUCAAGAAAAUCGGGUUUGAGGACAUUGACAUGGCGGCCGUCGAACGCGAAAGGCAAGAGCUGGUCGAGAUGGAAAAGGAAGAGGAGAGACAGUCUCGUGCUGCUCAGAGAAGAUGGCUGAUGAGGAGAGAGUCCCAUGGCGGCAAGGUGGACGAGGCCGCCGAGGGAGAAGAAGAAGCCGAGGAGUUGGAGAAGAAGGUCCAGGAGCAGACCAAGAAGAGCCUGGUGACUAGGGCGAUUGAGUAUUUCUACGUGCCGAGUGUGCCCAGUGCGAAAGAUGCGCAAAAGGUCGCGAGUAAUCUCAAAAAGGCUGGACAGGACCCCAGCCAGGCCGGCAAUGUCGCAGAUCAGACGGUCAAGGACGCACAAGCUUCCACUGAGAGCUAUGCUACCUACAUCUACAAACACCUGCCGAGUAUGCCACACAUCAACCGAUCCAGUCCCAGCGCUGUCCAGAGACCUGGUGAUGCCACCAACGCGAGCAAACUCACGGGCCAGGCAACCGAGAAAGCAGAGGGCGCAACAAGCCAAGGGCAAAGCUAUGUCCAGCAAGCCUCGCAAUAUCUCCCUUCCUUGCCCAGCAUGCCUUCCCUCUCCAGCGGCGGCAAAGGACAAUCCAAAGCAGCACCGAAAUCAGCGACUGAAAAGGCGACAGACACCGGAAACAAAGCAGCAGAGACGACUUCGGCUGCUGCCAAGCGCACAGCAGGCACGGUGUCCGACGUGGUCACGCCGACUGUCAAGAACGCGUUGAAUCCCAAGGACAACCCUGCAGCCAAGUCUACUAAACGUGAGCCGCCAAUCAUCCAUCAAGCCAAAGACCGCACGCCCGCUCCUGUCAAGGAUAAAACGGGCGAAGUAGCCGAAGCGACGGGCACGACCGUGCAGAAUACGACUCAGACCGUACAAAAGGGGUUGGACACGUCGACAGGGAAAGCCGGUGAUGCGGCCAAAGCGACCCAGGACGCUGGGAAAAGUGCAACGGAUGCUGCUCAGGGGGCAGCGAAGACCGGGCAGAGCUAUACCUCCCGCGCGGCGGCGUAUCUGCCUAGCAUGCCGAGCAUGGGAUUUGGGGGCGGCGGGAAGAAAGCAGCGCCACCGAAACUCGCGAAGAAACCGUCCGAGUCGAAGCAGAGCGUCACGACCAAGCCGCCAAAACUCGACAAGACGCCGUCAGGUGUCAAGUCGCCGCCACCCAGGCUGGACCGACUCCCCUCAGGUGCGAUCAAGUCGCCGCCACCGAAACUCGACCGGAUCCCCUCAGGAGUCAAGUCGCCGCCGCCAAAGCUAGACAGACUUCCAUCGGGUGUCAAGUCGCCGCCACCAAAGCUGGACAGGACCCCGUCGGGUGUCAAGUCUCCUCCACCAAAACUCGGUCCGCCGCAAUUUCAAUCGGGAGUUCCCACCCCGUCCACCUCGGUCCCAACACCGAGUCUCAUACGGCAGGUCAGCAGUGGUGGUGGCGGUGUGAGAUCGCCACCCCCCAAGCUGGGGCCGAGGAGGAGCUCAAGUCAACAGGUCCAAACUCCCGCGGUCCAAACUCCCGCGGUCCCAACUCCGGCGGCCAUCGGCGAGAGGCUGGCGAGUCUCCCCCAGGACGCCACGUCGGCGGCUAAGCGGGCUGGGAACGCGGCCACCGGUGCGGCGACGGGGUACGGAGGGGAGAAUGCUACGAAGGAUACAGAUAAGGAGAGGGAUAAGGGAGUCGAAGACACUUCAAGCGCGGCAGCCAUGCCUUCGCUCCCCGGAGCCAGUACUGCCAAGGGCAUGACCUCCUCCGCGACAGAAGCGGCCAGCAAGGCCAGCGAGGCCGGGAAGAGCGCGACAGGCAGCGCGCUGAGGACGGGCGGUGGUAUGGUCUCUGGCCUCGGGCGGACGGUUGGGUUCGGGAGAUAG